AUGAUCGUAUGGAACGUUCGUGGGCUCAAUAAACAUGCUAGGUGCCUUGAGGUAGGAGCUCACCUCAGAAAAUUACAGGUACACUGCAUUGCGCUCCUUGAGACUCGUGUUCGUAAUAAAAACUGCGGCACUAUCCGUAAAAGAUUAGGUUUUCAAUGGGAGUUCAUUGACAACUAUGAACACCAUAAUAAUGGAAGGAUCUGGCUGGCUUGGAACCCUGUGGAGAUGAAAGUGAUAGCCCGUGAUAAAUCGGAUCAAUUGAUACAUAGUGAGGCUGCAGAGUAUAAUGAUAUGGAACAGAUGAUGACUGACACUAGCUUAUUUGAACAUGAAACAAUAGGUCCUCAUUUUACAUGGUCAAAUAGGCAAACAGCAAAUUUGAUUUGCUCCAGAAUUGAUAGAGCUCUCACAAAUGCAAAAUGGUUCCAUGCUUUCCCAAACUCUGAAAUUGAUGUGCUUUCACCACAUAUCUCGGAUCACUCCCCUCUGCGAGUUAGACAGGAUUCUAGUGUGGUCGUGAACAAGAACAGAAGACGGUUUGCUUUUCUUAACUGUAUUGCAAAGCAUCCUGAUUUCCUCCACAUCGUGACAGCAAACUGGGCACCAAACCAACAUGACUCUCCUAUGUACAGACUGUGGAAGAAUUUACAGAAACUGCAAUACCCUCUGAAAGGACUAAGCUGGCAGAUGACUGAAGGUGUCCGUAAUCUAAGAGAUAGCAGGCAGAGAUUGGAUCAGGCCCAUGAAAAAUGGGCUAAGGAUCAACAAAAUGCAAACAUUUGUCUUGAGGUUAAAAACCUAACUGAGGAUGUGAUGAAGUAUAGUGAGAUUGAAGAACAAAUUCUGAAGCAGAAAUCCAAGAGUGAUUGGAUCAAUUUGGGGGACGGAAAUAACGCGUAUUUCUAUGCCAAUCUCAAACAGAAGAACAAGUAG